AUGACGAACGCUGCCGAAAUACAGGAUAAAAAGGCCAAGAAUUGCAGCGCUAUCCAAUCCGCCGGGAUACGAUGGUGUUAUCACGCGUUGAGCACGAUUGCUCUAUUGGUCGAGUGGCUCUGGAUCUACGUGCUCCAAUUCCGGUCGCCGCCCGAGAUGAAGCUGUACAAAUGGGUGCUGGUCAAGCUGGCGGUGGGUGAAAAUGGGCUGGUGUGU